AAUUCCUUAACGUACCUUAGAAGCGCAAUGUGAAAUGCCAAGCAGCCAUAACAAUCCGUCCGCAAAAACACGUAAGGUCAAGAACCACUCAAACAAAAGUGCCAAAUAUGAUAAGUAGAGGUAUAGACUUUCCAUUCCGGCCGUUUUGAUUUUUGUGAAAAAUCCAGCAAUACGAUAAUUUUAUGCUAAGGUACGGAGGUUGAGUUCAUUUCAACAAAAAAUCACAGCACACAGACGACGUCAUGUGAAAUUGAACAUUUUGAGGAUAGCGCUGUAUGGUCUGAUACAGAAAGCACGUCGACGAUGAGCAAUAGCAACAAUGGAUCUGACUCUCAAUGUUCAAAUGAGUUAAGCGAAAAUGAAGAAUCCGACAAUGACAAUGCAACGGAAGACGUUCAAAAUGAGAGAAAAUACAUAGUGUUUGAUAGUUGCCUGAGACAGUUAGUGAGUCAAUGCCCAUGUUGUGGUGAAAGCUGUUCCAUUGUGACCAAAACGACUGGUAGUAUGGUUAACGUACUAGCAAAAUGUCAUUGUGGUUAUGUUCGAGACUGCAAUAGCCAACCUCUGCAUGGGCGAAUGCCUUUGGGCAACUUGGUCUUUGCUUCCAGCAUCUUGUUUAGUGGUUGUAGCCCCAGCAAAGUUCUUCAAUUCUUUCGUCACUCAAGCAUACAAUUUCUGUCAGAGCACACAUAUAGCUAUAUUCAAACAGCGUAUUUGAUACCCCUGCUCAUCUUCUAG